GGGACGACGGGGGUGCGUGCUUCAAUCUGUUUGCUUCUUCUCCCCUGCGGAAAAUUAAUUCAAUUCCACCUGCUGUAUCAUAAUCUUAUCUACACUCUACAAUGGAUACUGAUAAUGAUUUCACAUUUUGUCAAGUCGGUCCACCUCUUGAUAGGGAUGGUGUUGAAACAAACAAGCUUGUUUCAGAUAUUGCUGAUAUUUCCAUAGAAGAAGAAUCCUCAAGGGCAAGUAGUACUAGUCAUAGUAGUGGUUUCUUGUGGAAGGAUGGUUUACCGAAUAAUUCCAACUCUAAGAAGGAGGCUACGGUUGGUUCUCUGUCUUUCAGUGUGAUUAACACAGCUUCAAAUCAGCCGAGUGACUUGACCGCAAAGUCAGUACCAAGUGGUGCUAACAAUUUGCCCAUGGAGUUGCCAGAACAGAAGAAUCCCAAUAAAAAGCCACCGGUGCGGGCCAAAGUUCCUUUUGAGAAAGGCUAUAGUCAAAUGGACUGGCUCAAGCUUACCCGGUCACAUCCUGAUCUUGCAGGUUUGAAAGGACAGUCAAACAGAAGACUUAUUUCUUUGGAUGAAGUUAGAAAACACCAGGCAGAGGGCCAAAUGUGGACUGUAUUAAAAGGCCGUGUCUACAAUAUAUCUCCAUAUAUGAAGUUUCACCCUGGAGGUGUUGAUAUGUUGAUGAAGGCAGUGGGAAAAGAUUGCACAUCUCUAUUCAAUAAAUACCAUGCUUGGGUUAAUGCUGAAUUCUUAUUGGAGAAAUGCCUUGUGGGUACCUUAGACGAAAGUCAGUGAAGAAGGAACAAUUUUAUUGUAAUAAUGCUUAAACACUUGUAGCUAGCCUUGGUAGUCUGUUAUACUUCUUCAUGGGCCUCUUCUAUUUACUGACCAGAGGCCAUCAAGCAAAGAGAAAUAAAUUCUAUACGGAUAUCCCAAUGGGUAUUUUUUAUACUUUUAUGGAUGAGUACAGUCAUUCUGUAAACUGGAUAUGUGGAUUAACAAUGUAACAUUUCAUACAUGAUAGUUGACUCUCUUCAUUUAUAUGAAAUCAAAGCUCAAGGCUAAGGUGGUAUUCUCUGCAUCAUGCAUUGCCAAAUUUUUUUAUUAAGGAAGUUAUAGCUUACUUCACUGUUUAUGCGAGUUUCUUUCGGCAGGGAGGCGAGUCACAAUUAUCCUAGUGAGGAAAUUAAGCUUUAGAUAUGUCAUGACGGCUUCUGAAUCAUCCACCUUAAAAUUCUCAGUGUGUCAGCUAUAUUGGAUAUGAUAUGAUAUGAUAUGAUUAUAUGAGACACCAAGAAAAUUCAAUAUGAAGAAUUAGGAUUCUGUUUUAAGUUAGCGCCUGCUAGUGAAUUGUUAUGUAAUGAAAAGGUUUAGAACUAGG